AGUAAGUCGCUUCAAUCUCAGUGUAACCACCGAAUUGGUGGGUGACAAAUAUGUAAUUGAUUCAAUUUGUUUGAUUGUUUGUAUAUUUUUUUGAUAACAUAUUGGUUAUUAUUUAUGACAACAAUUUUGUCGCAUUCUUUAAAAUCUUGAAUUUCCGCCCAACCCUUUUUUUCAUCUAACGUACACUUUUGAAAGGUAUGGAAUGAUUAUUGCAAAUAAAUUCGAUCACCCACUCUACACUUUAUCAUCGAAAUGAAAGCUGUUUAUGGUCUUUCAUUCAUCGUAAUUACCUAUUCUUUCUAAUAAGUUGAAUCUCGAGUUAACUUUCAAGGAAAAAGAUAGAUAUUUGACCUGACUAUACAAUCUGGUAUCUAUCACGUAUUCUGUCGCAAUCACUCAUCUUUCACCUCUGCCUUUGGUUUAUCACGUAAACAAGCUUCUCUGACAUACUUUUGAGACCAAAUAAUAUUUAAUCAAUUAUAUGACAUGGACGAGCAAAUUCAAUUGCCUUAUACCGGAAAAACUUUUGAAUAUUUCGGUAAAUUUGUUAGUUUACUAGUGUUUCCACCUUUUAAAUAUGUUCAAACUUUGGUUGUGUUGGGGGUUGAGCCUCUUCCACUUUAUGUUACCAAAACACCAUUGGGUCAACCAAUGUUGGCCUUCCCAUCCAUAAUAUCCAUCGCUCGUCAUAUUUCUAAAGAAUGUGGAUUCUUCCAUCUUUAUACUGGUUUCCCUCUUAUUGUGAUCAAUCGAAUAAUUCAAAGUCGUGUUCGAAAAUUCCUUGCUCCCUACAAAUUCCUCGGUGAUCAGAAAGAACCUCCUAUAUUUGGAACUUAUUUCAUGGAAAACAUAAAUUUACCUAGGGAAGAUGAAGGAAGCGAAGCUGAUGAAUUAGAAGAUGUCGAUGAAGAAUUAGAAGAAGAUGAUUAUGAAGAAAUUGACGACUUCGAAGUUGAAUUCCUUGUUUUAGGUAGUGAUGACAGCUCGAUAAAUAGCGAUGAUGUGUUGGCAGAUUUGGAUAUUUCGCCAAAUGAUUCAAACCCACUGACAGAAUUUGCAAACUUCUUAUUCAAUUUAUCCAAAAGUAUUCUCCAAACAACAUGUAUUCGAGUCAUCUCUCUAACUCUCUCCUACCCCUUUGAAGUGUUGUAUAUCAGGCGAUGUGCACAGUUUGUAGGAAACGAAAUCAUUUAUUCGUCUAUCUUGUCUGGCGCCCGUGAUAUAUAUAAACAUGAAGGUAUCAAAGGUUUCUAUUCUGGUUUCAUUCCUCGAGCCCUUGCAGAAAUAAUUGGUAUCGCAGCAACUCAGACGCUUUUCUCUGCUCUAUUCAAACCCUGUGUAACCCGGGCAAAUAUAAGAUUUUUUUUCAAUAAUACCACCAGAAAUUUAGCCAGAUACUUAUUGUAUCCGUUGAAAUUGGUAUCUGUGAUAAUGGCUGUUAAACCUUGUGACAGGUUAGCAGCUUCUAAACUUGAUCCUCAUUUUUCUCAAUGGAUAUCUUGUUGGCGCUAUUUGAAUUCUACUGGUCAGUUAAGAAGAGGAUAUCAAGUUAUUUGGAGAUAUCAAAGACAUCUUUCAGUCGACGAUUAUUUUAUCAAGAAUUCUCACUCAUCUUUAUAAGCUUAUUGAAGUUAAAUAUUUAUGAUCGCAAAUAUAACCCAUUUAUUCAAAUUAUCUUUUGCAAAAUUAAUAAAAAUUCGUUUGAUAUGCUGA